UAGGGUUUUGCCCUAUAAAGUGACCGUCUUCAGAUUGAAACCCUAAUUUUGAGCGAGACCCAGAGAGAGAGAGAGAGAGAGAGAGAGAGCAGGCAGACGCAGAGCCGGCUCCACCGGGGAAGAGAGAGCCAUGGUGCACGUCUCCUUCUAUCGCAACUAUGGGAAGACAUUUAAGAAGCCUCGCCGUCCAUACGAGAAGGAGCGACUUGAUGCUGAGCUGAAGCUCGUGGGAGAGUAUGGGCUUAGGUGCAAGAGGGAACUCUGGAGGGUGCAAUACGUGCUGAGCCGCAUCCGUAACAAUGCAAGGAAUCUUCUCACCCUUGAUGAGAAGAACCCCCGUCGGAUCUUCGAGGGCGAGGCUCUGCUGCGCCGGAUGAACCGCUAUGGGCUCCUGGAUGAGAGCCAGAACAAGCUCGAUUAUGUCCUGGCCUUGACUGUGGAGAACUUCCUCGAGCGCCGCCUGCAGACUCUGGUCUUCAAGUCAGGAAUGGCCAAGUCCAUCCACCAUGCCAGAGUGCUCAUUAGGCAGAGGCAUAUCAGGGUCGGGAGGCAGGUGGUGAACAUCCCAUCUUUCAUGGUGAGAGUUGACUCACAGAAGCACAUCGACUUCUCGCUCACCAGUCCCUUCGGCGGUGGACGCCCUGGUAGAGUGAAGAGAAGGAACAUGAAGGCCGCUGCUAAGAAGGCUGCUGGUGGAGACGGAGAUGAAGAGGACGAGGAUUAAAUUAUUAAAGCUCAGUUUUCCUGAAAGUAGUAUUUUAUAUAGAAUGGACUUUCGGUCCUCCUAGCACCUCCUUUCCGUCCUUAUCAUGCCUCUGUGCUGUCAUUCAUAAGUGCCCAUCUUGUUUAGCUUUGGAAUUUGAGAGACUUGGUUCUGGUUUAUUGUGCCCUUUGAAUGUCGACGUUGUUUCAAUUAUAAUUUUGCUUCGAAUCAGAUUCAGUAGUUUGGAUAUAUGCGACUGAUACGUGUAUUUUGCCUU